AAUGCGCUCCCGCUGUGCGCCGUAGUGCCUUCGAGUUCCGCAGCCGAGCCAUCGUUGCGUAAUUGUGCACGACUGGCCGGGAGAUGUUCCACCACCAGGACACUCUGCCUCUGAACUCUACAACAUUUUUUUCUUUUUUCCUUUCUCUUCAUCGUAGGCGUGUGUUCACUYACUAAAAGUUAACUGAGCGGGGAAAGGGAGAGGAGGAAGAAGCAGAAAAGAAAAAUUAAAGUGGGCAACAACUUCAAACCAUCCCGGUUCUUAUACCGGGGGGGAGUUGUCGUCAUCAGCACCCCAGUUAUCCCCCCCAGUUUGGCUCCCUAAAUGGACGGGGCCGUCUCGGUCUCUGCAGUGCAGCGCAGGCCGAAGGACUGGGAGCAGCUGGUGCGGAUCCGUCCCUGUGGCGUGUAGAGACGGGGAGCGCUCAGAAAUGCCCGGCUGCCUCGCUGGAGCUCCGCUCUGAGCACUUUUCUCCUGCCUUCUGUGCCUCGUCAGGGUCUGGGGAGGUGUGUGUGUGGGGGGGCCAAAAGGACUCUGCGUAAAGCUUGCAACUCAAAGGAAAACUUUGCACUCCAGCUCUCGCUAUGGAUUGUAUGUAUUUGCUGAUGUGCUUUUCACUCACUCCAGUAUUUUUGGAGCAUAUUGUUGCUGCUGAAACGCACGAACAACUCUCCGGAAAGCUGAAUGAAUACGGUCUGAUCGUGCCGUUCAGCACAGACUCCCACGGCCGGUACAUUUCUCACGUGCUCUCUGCUGGAAGUGGAAGUAAAAGUGCUGCAGCUACUGAAAMCCCCCCAGGCGCUGGCAGCAGAAGAAGGGUGGCCCGCGGUGCCCCCGAGAUGCCCUCGAUCACCUCGCCCUCGGGUCAGCACUUGUUUUUCAACGUCACUGUGUUUGGGAAGGAACUUCACCUUCGCCUGAGGGCCAACAGGAGGCUGGUGGCCCCGGGGGCUUUUGUGGAGUGGCAGGAGGACUUUAAAGAGGAGACCAAGGAGCGCAUCCAGGGGGACUGUGUUUUCACCGGGGAUGUGACYGACAUGCCAGAGGCCUCUGUGGCUAUAAGCAACUGUGAUGGCCUGGCAGGCCUGAUCAGGACCGAUAACGGCGAGUUUUUUAUCGAACCCCUUGAGAAGGGCCAACAGGAUGCAGAAGCCAAAGGACGAGUGCACGUGGUUUACCGCAGGUCGGCCAUCAAGCUGGAGGCCGGUCAGCGGAGGGAGGACUUCCAUAAUGAAGUGGCAGACGUCGGAAUCGCCAACCUUCCCUCCGCUCUGGAUCUGGUCAAACACAAACUGUCCGAGUCCGAGCGGAAGAGGAGGCAGGCGAAGGAGGAGGACUACAACAUCGAGGUGCUGCUGGCUGUGGACGACUCGGUGGUGCGCUUUCACGGCAAGGAACACGUGCAAAAUUACGUUCUCACCCUCAUGAACAUAGUUGAUGAAAUCUACCACGAUGAAUCUUUGGGAACCAACAUCAACAUCGUCCUUGUCCGGAUGAUAAUGGUCGGGUAUCGACAGUCUAUAAGCCUGAUUGAGCGUGGCAACCCAUCUCGCAGCCUGGAGCAGGUGUGCCGAUGGGCCAACACGCAGCAGCGCCACGACCCGGACCACGCCGAGUACCACGACCACGCCAUCUUCCUCACAAGGCAAGAUUUUGGUCCCGCAGGUAUGCAAGGUUAUGCUCCAGUGACCGGGAUGUGUCACCCUCUGAGGAGCUGCACUUUAAACCACGAGGACGGCUUCUCCUCGGCCUUCGUAGUGGCUCACGAAACCGGCCAUGUUUUGGGCAUGGAGCACGAUGGUCAGGGGAACCGUUGCGCCGACGAGACCAGUAUGGGCAGCAUCAUGGCGCCACUUGUCCAAGCAGCUUUCCAUCGUUACCACUGGUCCCGUUGCAGCAAACAGGAGCUCAACAGAUACAUCCACUCUUAUGACUGCCUCCUGGAUGAUCCUUUUGAACAUAAAUGGCCCAAGCUGCCCGAGCUUCCUGGAAUAAAUUAUUCAAUGGAUGAGCAGUGCCGCUUUGAUUUCGGCGUUGGUUAUAAAAUGUGCACAGCUUUUCGAACUUAUGACCCGUGCAAGCAGCUGUGGUGCAGCCACCCUGACAACCAGUACUUCUGCAAAACCAAAAAAGGCCCUCCUGUAGAUGGGACAGAGUGUGCACCAGGAAAGUGGUGCUUUAAGGGCCACUGCAUCUGGAGGUCCAGCCAGGAGCCUCAGGGACACGAUGGAAGCUGGAGCGCUUGGUCAAAGUUCGGCUCGUGCUCCAGAACGUGUGGAGGUGGAGUUCGCUCCCGAAACCGACAGUGCAACAAUCCACCGCCCGCCUACGGUGGCCGGGACUGCCCUGGCUCUGCUUUUGACUACCAGAUGUGUAACACGGAGGAGUGCGCUGGCCCAUACGAGGACUUCCGUGCUCAGCAGUGCAUCCAGAGGAGCAACAAGUACCACAACAACAUCAAGCACACAUGGUUACCAUAUGAGCACCCAGAUGAGGCCCGUAAAUGUGAGCUGAGCUGUAAGUCAAAGGAAACAGGAGAGGUGGUGUUCAUGAACCAGGUGAUGCACGAUGGGACAAAGUGCAGCUACUCGGACCCCUUCAGUGUGUGCGCUCGAGGGGAGUGUCUGCACGCAGGCUGUGACAAGGAGGUCGGCUCCUAUAAACAGGAGGACAAAUGUGGAGUGUGUGAGGGGGRCAACUCCCACUGUCGCACUGUGAAGCUCACGCUCACCAAGACCCCCAAAAUGAACGGAAUGCUGAAAAUGUUUGACAUCCCAAUGGGAGCUCGCCACAUAACCAUUGAGGAGAAUGAGACCUCCCCUCAUAUAAUUGCUGUGAAAAAUCAGGUUACUGAGAACUUCAUAUUAAAUGAAAAGAGCGAUGACGCUGAAUCAAAGACCUUCAUUGAAAACGGUCUACAGUGGGAGUAUUCGUCCGAUGAUCAGAGGGAGACAUUAAAAACAACUGGUCCUCUGCACGAAGCCAUCGUAGUUCUGGUCAUUCCAAUGCAGGAAGAUGUAAAAAUUAGCUUGACGUAUAAAUACAUAAUCCAUGAGGACCUGUUGCCGCUUAUUACGAACAACAAUGUGCUCCUUGCUGAACUGGACACGUAUGAAUGGGCUCUGAAGAGCUGGUCCCAGUGCUCCAAGCCAUGUGGAGGAGGCAUACAGUAUACAAAAUAUGGCUGCAGGAGGAAAAGUGACAGCCGUUUAGUACAUCGCAACUUUUGUGAAACCAGUAAAAAGCCCAAGCCCAUCCGCAAACGCUGCAACAUGCAAGAGUGCAGCCAACCAACGUGGGUGGUAGAAGACUGGAGCCCCUGCAGUAAAACCUGUGGGAAGCUGGGCUACCAGACCAGGGUGGUGCAGUGCAUGCAGGCGCUCCACAAUGGCACAAACCGGCCCGUCCACAGCAAACACUGCACUGCCGGUCGGCCGGAAAUGAGGAAAGCGUGUAACUACACUGUGUGCCCCGCCCAGUGGAGGACGGGGGCGUGGUCUCAGUGCUCGGUGACCUGUGGCGAGGGGAUUCAGCAAAGGCAGGUUGUAUGCAAGGCCAGCGACAACACGGCUGGAGAAUGUGAGGGCGAGAAGCCAGAAGUAGUCCUUAUCUGCAAACUAAAUCCAUGUCCAGGGUUAGAACUUUCCUCCCUCACUGUCCAAACUGAGAACUCCACAAUGAACGAUGAAGCAGUAUAUGAGAAGGUUCCUGAAAAUCCAGUCCAGAAAAUCUCUUCCAAUGAGCCAUGUUUGGGGGAUAAAUCGAUUUUCUGCCAGAUGGAGGUCCUUGCUCGUUACUGCUCCAUCCCUGGUUAUUAUAAACUUUGCUGUGAGUCGUGCAACAAGAGGGAAGAUUUUACCACAGAUGUUCCAGAUGUCCACAAAACAGUUCGUGCUGCUUCAUCCAAAGCUUCGUGGUUAGCUACCACAGCCCAGACUCUGCCCCAAACCACUAAAGCCACGAGACGACGGCUGUUCUCCACCGCCUUCUUGCCAACCACAGCUGCCGCGGUCCAGACUCCAUCACCAACCGAAACUGUUCAGCUCCUACAUCCAACCAGCCACUCCGAUCCGACCCUUGAGAGGAGAGAUUCCCACGUGGAGACUCGUCUACCUCCAGGGCCAUCGCGGCCCACAGCAGACUCUGAAGGAGGCGCACCCAAAGAGCACCGUUCAAAGAGCACUUUAGGCCCUGCUGCUGCCAGGUCAAGAAGGGACUAUUUAAGAUCCGAGAGGGACACAAGUCACAGAACCGCCUCAGCUCAGAACUGAACAGUGAGCAAGUCUCGUGGAGUGCAUCGUGUCUCAAAAAUCAACUUGCUCCUCUGUUCUUUUGCAGAUUUUAUUAUAUUUUUUUUUUGUAUGUUUUGUCCAUGCCAGUGAACCUAGACAAGCCCAGUGAUGAUUACCUCGUCAAAGCUCCGGAGCGUUACGUGUGCUUAAAAUAUGAAACAGAAGUUGUCAAAACAAAGGUGCUGUAAACUAAAACAGACUAUGAUAUGUGUUCAAAAUGUGAUGACUGCAUAGCUACAUUCAUUUUCUUUUUUUUAUCUAUGUACAGUUGUGUAAGCCUGUUUUUCUAAGUGCAUUAGAACUACUAUUGAACUUGGAUUGUGAACAUGGAGGUGAUCGCUAAACACUCGUCAGUGUGCCGCCAGACCAGUUUCUGACCUUCUUUAGUUUAAUAACUCUGCUGAACGCUUUAAUUACAAACAUUAAAGAGGACACAUCAUGCAAAAUCUACUUUUUUAUCCCUUAAAUAUAUUUAGUUGUGUACAUAUACUACUUAUUCAACAUACUGUUGGAUUUAGUUUCUCCCGGUGCUGCGUAGAUAGCUUUAUAUUCUGUUUGGAUCAUAUUUUUCAACCCGUCCAGUUUUCUCUAUUUGCUGUGUUGUUUUCUGAACUAUUACAUCAUAGUUUUUGUGACAAAACCUCUAAAUAAGGUCUAAACUUAUCAACUAACUAAUUUGGUCGUCGUCCUUCUCCUCUGGCUCUGGGUCCGACCCUGCCUCCAACAUGUAAGGUUGGAUGGACAGGUUUAUAAAUAAAAAAAAUG